CGUAAACAUUUCUGGCGAAUUGAGUCACGCAGUUAAAUCUUGCGCAUAAAGACUAAGAGACAAGAUUAGAUUGUGGUUACUUAGUUUGUUUUGUGCCAAUCUGUGCAAAAUUUGGUCGCAAAUUUGCUGAAGUUCUGUUUGUGUCAAUUUGUGCAAUUUCUUUUGCAAAUUUUGAAGUGAAACUAAAUAUCAUGUGGAAGUUAGUUGGGUUACUUUGUGUGGGAUUUUUAUCCGUAUAUUCGUCCCCACAAAGGGGAGCUAAAUAUGAAACAGCUUCCCAAUCGAGACAAUUAAGGGAGGAAUUAGCACAGAAUUUGUACUUCGUGCUGUCCGCGAGAAAUCUUGAGUCUCACGAUGCCAACCAUGGCGUGGCAGAUCCCUACGUUCGAGUCCAUUUCGGAUCUGUGCCCCAAUAUUCGCAAAAGCAGGGGAAGGAUCUCGACAAAGUGGGAGAUUCUGAAACCAUUGUGAAUGAAGCGAAUCCACAAUGGGUCAAAGUUUUUAAAGUGCAAUAUAUCAAAGGACUUAAUCAGAAAAUUUGGGUAGAAGUGAGAGAUCAUGAUCCCAUCAAUCCCGACGAUGUUGUGGGCGAAGCCUUCAUCGACUUGGACGAGUACAUGGAACACGGUCAGCAACUUACCGUUCCGCUCAAAGGAUCAAAAUCUGGAUCUAUCGUGAUCCAAAAUACGGCGCCUUUCCGGUUUUCCCUUGCUCUCAAAAAUAUUCCCGCGCUGGAUGAAUUUGGCGGGUUGAGCGAUCCAUUUGUGAAAUGUUAUUUUCGUUACGGGAAGGAGGGGAAAGAUUUCAAAUUCUUCGAAACCCCGACCAUCGACAAUAGCGACAGCGCCACGUGGGAAAAUCCAAUCACGUUUGAUAACUUUCGCAGGGGGACGGAUCAGAUUUUCCACUUUGUCGUGAAAGAUGCUGACUCAAUCACUGCGGAUGACGUUAUAGGAGAAGCAUUCAUGGAAGUAGAACCUUUCGCGGAUAAGAAGCAGCAGUCCGUCCUUCCCCUCUCGUCCUCCUCGAAUGCCACGCUAUAUGUCAAAUACAUUUUAGAAUAAUGUUCAUAAUUUUGAUUUUUUUGUUGUAUACGAUUAAAAUAAAAGAAUAUAAUUCAUUAAAAAACUAAAAA